CCUCGUACCGGUUUGACUUGGCCAACGAUUUUUCGACCAUCAACCGUCCGAUACCCCGACAGCCGCUGCCGGGAAAUCGCUUACGUCGCGUGACGACGACCGCAAUGUCCUCUGUCCAUCCGACCACGGUGUCCCUUCCUGGUGCCGUGCACGUCCCGUUCGAAAUCGUUUCCGCGACCCCGUCCCGUUGAUAGGCCCUUGUCGGUCCGAUUCGCGGUCGAGUUCACCCGAUCCGCACGAGUGGUACGCGUCUAUCUUUCCACCCACGAUGUCCGAUCCGGCCGUGCCACCGUUGUACACGUACACGAUCGGUGGCGUCAAGAUCGAGAUGCCCGUUAAACCAUACCCGUCUCAGGUGUCCAUGAUGGACAAGGUCAUCCGUGGCUGUCAGAAGCAACAGAACUGUCUCUUGGAAAGUCCGACGGGAUCUGGCAAGACCUUGGCAUUGUUGUGCUCCGCGUUGGCGUGGCAGCGAGCCGAAAGAGAACGUUUAGGCAAACUAAUAGAAGAAGAGUUUCAACAGAAAAUUUUAGAAUGGCAAUUAAAAGAACAGCAAAAAAAACAACUAAAGGAGAAACAACAGAAACAACAAAAAACCCCAGAAAAGAAACCGGCAGGAACAAACAUUUCUUCGGCUAAAAGUAAAGGAUGGUCAUUGGUCAACGAUAUCGAUGAUGAUGAUUCGGACGAGGAAAUGUCCAUAUUUAAACAACCUGGGAAAAAGAGAAAAAUGAAUAGAAGCCAUUAUUUCGAUAAUAAGAACAAGUCGAAUGACGAUUCAAUAAUGACCAAUGAUAGUACUGAUAACAGUUUGAUGACCGAAGACGAAGACGAAAAUCAUAUAACACAUCAAGCUGAAUCUAAAAUCCCAAAAAAACCAAAGCUGGUUGUUCCAGUGAUAUUUUUUUGUACGAGAACUCAUAAACAAAUUGAACAAGUAAUAAAAGAAUUACAAAGAACUAGUUUCAACCAUGUCAGGAGUUGUGUUUUAGCAAGUCGUGAACUCACGUGCAUUCAGGACUCAAAUUUGUUCUACCCUGAUAUAACGUACAAAUCGAAAACUGAAUUGUGCAGAGAUCUAUUGGAUCCCAAAGCGAGAUUUAGAAAUUCAUUAAAGUUUAGAAGAGAUAUUGAAAAGUGUGUUUAUCACGAUAACGGCGGCUUAAAAAUAAGCACGUACAGUCAACUGUCUAAUUACGGCGUGUCGUCCGUUUGGGACAUCGAAGAUAUUGUGAAAUUAGGCAUAGAAAAGAGAUCUUGUCCGUACUACGGUUCACGGGUGUUGCUCAAAACCGCUGAAAUAGUUUUUUGCCCUUACAAUUAUGUCAUUGAUCCGGUCAUUAGAGGCACGAUGAACUUACAGUUAAAAGGUCACGUGAUCAUCGUCGACGAAGCUCACAACAUCGAGGAUCAAUGCCGCUCCGCUGCUAGCCUGAGACUAGAGCAGACGAAUUUGAACUUAGCGAAAAUGGACUGCGAAAAAUUGUCCAAAAUUGGCAACAAUUCGACUUCUUACUCGGCCAUAGCUCAAUACUUGUCGGACAUGUCGAAAUGGAUAGACCAAAAGUCUACCGAAAUCAAAUCUUUUGACGAUUAUGAUCGCGGUGUUAUUUCGUGGUCCGGCAUGUCCACUACGGCGAGUUUCAAUGAAUUCGGAAUAGGUUCAGAAGCCUUCGAAAAAUUCAAAAAGCAUUGUGAAACCGUGAUGGCCGACGAAGGAAAAGAAAAUGACGAACAAGACAUCGGCAAAGACUUAAUGGAUGGAGCAAAAUUGGACGACACAAAAACCGAUAAAGACGAAUCAAAAGUCGAGAAUUUGGUGAAGGAUAACGGUUUUUCGCAAGGAAAUCCGUACGAAGAUUCUAUUACGAAUGCGACUAAAAACAUUCUGACGUCGAUUAUCACGGUAUUUUGUUUGCUGUUCGAUGACGACUAUAAAAGUGACUAUCAGGUUUCCCUCGAAAGGAUAAUGCAGAUGAAGAAAUUUGAACACGCAGAUCGAAAUACGUCCGGCAUAGCGGGUUGGCUGAACAGUUCGCAGCAGUCGAGCGAAUCGCGCACUGUGUGGACCAAUACCGUCAAUUUCCUGUGCCUGAACCCCGCGGCCGUGUUCCACGAGCUGACGUCGACGGCUCGGUGCAUAAUCCUCACGUCGGGCACCCUGUCGCCGAUGAACUCGUUCCAGUCUGAGCUCGGGUCGCAGUUCCCCAUCACGCUAGAGGCCAACCACGUGAUCAAGCCGGACCAGUGCUGGGUGACGUCGGUGAACGGCGGCCCGAACCGCGUGGACCUGAACUGCCAGUACCAGAACACGGGCACGUACGGGUUUCAGGACGAGAUGGGCCUGGUGCUGAAGAACGUGUGCGAGACCGUUCCGUACGGGGUGCUGUGCUUCAUGCCGUCGUACGUGCUGAUGGAUAAACUGUUCGCCCGGUGGCAGAUCACCGGGCUGCUGAAGGACCUGAAGCGCACCAAGGCGGUCAUGUGCGAGCCGCGGCGCGGUGACCAGCUGGAGGACCUGAUGACCAAGUACUACGCGGCCGUCAAGAGGGCGUCCGCGCCCGGCGGCCGCCGCGGCGGUCUCACCGGUGCACUGUUCGUGGCCGUUUACCGCGGCAAGAUCAGCGAAGGGUUGGACUUUUCCGACAAUAACGCGAGGGCAGUGGUCGCCGUCGGCAUUCCGUUUCCCAACUAUAAGGACGUAGCUGUGAGCCACAAAAAAUACUACAACGACCAGCACCACAAGAACAAAGGCCUGUUGCCCGGCUGGGAAUGGUACCAGAUACAGGCCUACAGAGCGCUGAACCAGGCGCUGGGCCGUUGCAUCAGACACAAGAACGAUUGGGGCGCGAUUCUAUUGGUGGACAGCAGGUACUCGCAGCCCAAGAACCUGACCGGACUAUCGAAAUGGAUAAGAGGAAGGGUCGAACACAACAGUACGUGGGCCGAAACCCUGUCCAAGCUCAACGAUUUCGUCGAGUCGAGACUGCGAUCCGAUGACGUUGCAUAAUAUCGGUUAAUGUACCCGAAAACUUAUGACAAAACACCGCCAUGUUGUCUUAUAACGGUUAUUAUAUAUUCUUAUGCACCGGCCCGAAUUACUUAAAUGUACCACAUCUAUUCAACUCUCAUGUUCGUUAAACAUUAUGUUUUAAUUUUUCUAUUAUAUAAGUAAUAAAGUUUAAUUGGUAAUAUAUGUUCAGCACA